AUAUAGUGACGUCAUCAAGUCAUGUAGUAAAUAAACCGAAUGGACGUACAAGCUAAAAAUGACUGACACAACAACUUGGAGUAUUUCUGACCAAAACCUUGGAAUAUAUCGCUUUUGUUUUCGACAAAACCAUUUCUAAACUGAUUUCUUUGUCUCUAGUAAUACUAUAGUAAUAAUAUAUUGUAUAUUCACUACUACUGGCUGUUGUGGUCAGUUUAACUAUGAAUGACUAGUUUAGCAUGAAGCUAGCUGCCUGAUGUUUCAUUUGUUUAUUAAAUACGCCAGUGCAGGGAAUACUUCAUACAUUACUACGAAGCGAAUAUAUACAGUUAAUUACGGUUCUGAACUUGAACUGACUCUCCGCGAGCGUUAGCCUAUUUUCCAAUAUAACGUUAAACAGCUGGAGCUAUUCUGUUUAGCAAGCUAGCUCUUAAGGUAACAGACUUUUUUGUGUUGUGAUAUUUAUGGUACAAAGACUCGUACAACAUCAAAUUAUCAACCGCGUUUCUCGUACCUAAUGUCAAAGGUGGUCGUUAGCUAGGAACAGCUAACCCUUAAUGAAUGAAUGUCUUGAGGCGACUGGAAGCUAACUAGGCUAGCUCAAAGUGCGAGCAGAGCUCACGCGCGGUUCUUAAAGCUGCACGAGGAAAAAGAAGGAUAAUUAAAAUGUCGGAUUUAAACCGAGAAGUUGUGGAGCUGGUGUGGGGGAAACAGGCGAGCAGCAGCGGAGUGUCUGCGUCUCUGUUCCGCAGGUGGACCCAAGGUUUUGUGUUCAGCGAGACAGAGCACAGUGCACUGGAGCAGUUUGAAGGUGGACCAUGCGCUGUGAUCGCACCUGUGCAGGCAUUCCUGCUGAAGAACAUCCUAUUCAAUAUGGAGAGCUCAAACUGGAGAAAUAUCUCAGAGGAGGAGCAGCGCUUGGCCCUGUGCUCUACUCUCACUGAGAUUCUGGUGUCAGCCUGCAUUGGCAAGACCCACAACUUCUGCCUGGCCACGUGGGCUCCCUCCAAAUCCACAGACGAGAAUAGGGACAUCACUGAAGACCGCACAGAACCAGAAUCCAGUCAGAACACACACACCCAGCAGCAGCAGCAGCCCACUGCUUUGGCUGCUGAGGAGCUUGGCUUUGAGCGAUUUCACAGCAUGGUACAUAAAAGGACACUAAAGACUGUUGCUGAGCUAAAGGAGAUAAUACUAUCACUGUAUGACACUUGGAGGAAUAAAUUUGGUGUCUUGCUCUUCCUGUAUUCUGUAAUACUAACAAAGGGUAUUGAGAACAUAAAGAAUGAGAUAGAGGACACUUCAGAGCCACUUAUUGACCCUGUGUAUGGCCAUGGCAGUCAAAGCCUGAUCAACCUGCUGGUCACGGGACAUGCAGUGUCAAACGUUUGGAAUGGGGAUAGGGAAUGCUCUGGAAUGAAGCUUCAUGGGAUCCAUGAACAGGCUGCUGUUGGCUUUCUCACGCUAAUGGAAUCGCUGCGAUACUGCAAGGUUGGAUCAUUUCUCAAAUCUCCAAAGUUCCCUAUAUGGAUCCUUGGCAGUGAGACCCAUCUUUCUGUGUUUUUCACCAAGGAGAUGUCUCUGGUGGCCCCUGAGUCACCGUCAGAACAGGCCAGAAGAGUCUUUCAGACCUUCGAUCCAGAAGAUAACGGGUUCAUUCCUGACACACUGCUCGAGGACGUUAUGAAGGCUUUGGAUCUGGUCUCGGAGCCUGAGUAUGUCAAUCUGAUGAAGAGUAAGCUGGAUCCAGAGGGACUAGGAAUUGUUCUGUUGGGUCCAUUCCUGCUCGAGUUCUUCCCCGAUCAGGACUCAGGGAUUCCAGACUCAUUUCCUGUGUACCACUAUAAUGGCCUGAAGCAGUCCAACCACAAUGAGAAGGUGAGUUAUGUUGAGGGCACUGCUGUAGUUCUCGGCUUCGAGGAUCCCAUGGUGCGUACAGACGACACACCGAUCAAGCGCUGCCUCCAGACAAAGUGGCCAUACAUCGAGCUUCUGUGGACCACAGAGAGAUCUCCUUCCCUCAAUUAACCCCGUCACCAACAUCUAACCUCUCACUUCAGGACCCCUGCACGCUUUCCAAACCAAGAAUUUCAGGAGACUGGCACAACGCCUGAACUAAAUACCCAAGAGAAACGAUGCUGCCUGAUUCGCAUCGGCUCGCUUGCUCUAAUAUUUAUCAUUUAUCUCAUCCAGCUUGUAUGUUUAAGAAAAUGGGGGUUUUGUUUAAUAUUAGAAAACCCUUAUAUCGAAUGAAAUGAUUUUCAUAUUUUUUUCCGGAAGGUGUUAAUAUUUUUUGUUUGCAGAUUUUCUACGGAUUUUUCUGGUUAAUUUGUUUACAAGGCUAAAAGAUAACAGUAAAUAAGACUGAUGAAACAGGCUUACCGAGCUGACCAAAUAAGUCCUUUAUGAAUCUGUGGCUAGAUUUCUGGACAAAUGUAGAUUUGAUGGUGGUAAUUGUGUCCAAGGUUUAAUCUGACCAAAGCCUCCUGGUGCUACAGACCACAUUCUGCAGUGUUUACGUAACUCAGAGAAAAGAAAGCCAGGCUCAGUUUAGACCGGUUUAUAAAGGAAUGCACUACAACCCAAAACAGGGCGCAGGAAGACAGAAGAGGAGGAUAAAGAGACAGACUAGAAGGGGGAACGGCGAGACAGUAUUGGUAUUUGAUCUUGGACGUGACUAAGCUCUUUUUUUUUUUUUUUUUUCACCACAGCAGUAACACCUAUUUAUUGUACACUGACUCUGACGCAAAGGGACGAACAACAAUGUGCACAUAUUAUUUAUUCUGACCCAGAUGAUUCACCAAAAUAAACUUUUUAUGUCUUCUUGCCUGGA